UAGGAUGGUGGUGAGUAAACGUGAGUCUUAAAAAGGAAACAUGGAAGUUAACACGUGUUUCACUCGUGUGUUGUUAACAAUAGUUUUAUUUAAUAAAGUGUAUACGUUAAAUAUUUUAGGAGUAUUUCCUUUUGAAGGGAAGAGUCAUUCUUUUGUGUUUAAUCCUUUUAUGUUAGAGUUGGCGAAACGAGGCCAUAAUGUGACAGUAAUAUCUCAUUUUCCUCAAAAGAAACCUGUUCAAAACUACCGUGAUAUCAGCUUGGCAGGUAAAAGUAAAAUUUUAGUGGAUGUUUUUUCCUUGUACCGGUCAUAUUGGAGUAUAAUUGAAAUCAGUUUAUUCUUGGUGAAUUCUGGAACAGCUAAUUGUAAAUUAGUAAUGGCUGAUGAAAAUGUACAAAAUUUGUGGAAAACGCAGACAAAGUUCGAUCUUGUGGUGACAGAGCAAUUUAACAGUGACUGUUACUUAGGAUUGGCACAUAAAUUGAAAGCGCCGGUUAUUGGAAUAACAUCACACAAAAUAAUGCCUUGGCACAUGAGUAGAUUCGGCAUAGUGUACAAUCCUUCGCACACAGCAUUCACCUUUUUAGAAGGUGGUACAAAACCUACACUGUACCAACGAAUUGAAAGAGUUAUUUUUCACAAUUAUUUUAAUAUUUUGUACAAGUAUUUCUGUCAGAGAAUCGAUGAAGAAACACUGGCACAGUAUUUCGACGAUGUCCCACCGUUGGAGGAAUUAGGCAGAGACAUUAAAUUAUUACUUGUCUACCAGAAUUUCGCUAUGAUGGGUUCUCACAUAUUUCCAUCAAAUGUCAUAGAAAUUGGUGGACUUCACGUUGUCAAGCCCAAACCUUUGCCAAAGGAUUUGAAAAAGUUUAUUGAAGAAUCCGAACAUGGCAUAGUUUACAUUAGCUUCGGAUCAAUGUUAAAGGCAGUAACGAUGCCAACAGAUAAACUUCAGGCUAUUAUUGAUGCUUUAUCGCUAUUACCCCAAAGAGUUGUAUGGAAAUGGGAGGACCAAACGCUUCCAGGCAAUCCGAAAAACAUUUACAUAUCCAAAUGGAUUCCACAAAAUGAUGUACUAGCUCACCCUAAUGUGAUGGCGUUCUAUUCUCAUUGUGGGUUGUUGAGUACCACAGAAGCUAUAAAUUAUGGUGUACCGAUGGUAGCAAUGCCAAUUUUCGGUGAUCAACCAGUAAAUGCAGCUGCUGUAGAAGAAAGUGGUCUAGGAUAUCAAAUUCAAAUCAAUGAACUUAGUAAAGAGAAACUAUUGGCAAAAUUUAAAGCAGUAUUAGAUCCUACAUUCAGAGAAAACGUAAAACGUUUGUCAAAGGUGUGGCACGACCGUCCCAUUUCCGCCAUGGACACCGCUAUUUUCUGGACGGAAUUUGUGGCGCGCAACAAAAACAUAACCCUUAGUGCUGCCGCUGCCAAUGUUCCCUAUUAUCAGUACUGGUGUCUUGAUAUAUUGUCUGUAUUCGUUAUAUUCAUACUAACAAUCACCUUUCUCAUUAAAUACCUAUUAUCCUUUUUUAAAAGAAAUAAACGUCACGCUAUGAAUAGGAAGUCUAAAAAGGAAUAAUCUUGUAUACCUAACUGUAUUUGUGAUCAAGCUUUGUUCAUUUAUUAUAGGUAUUUUUCCUUAAGAUUAUAUAGUACUGUUAACGUUUAACAUUAUAAUGAAUUAAAUAUUUUAUUACUUUUUUUUUAUAAAACAACAUUAUACAAAAACAUAUUUCAUAGUACAUUUUAUUUAAAUCUUUUUUCGUACCAAUUUUUUUUAAAUAAUGAUACGUACGUACAUUCAAGGAAGUAAUUUCUUAUCUAUAUUUUAAUUUACUACCUUCCUACCUAUUUCACGGCUUUAGCUGUGAAAAUAAGAUAUAACAUAAUGACAAUCUGAAAAAUGAUUGAUCGGUCUUUACAUAUUUUCACAUUUCUAAUACUGUUCUGUUAAACACAUAACUUUUCCAUUAAUUUGCUCAAAAAAGAUAAUAACAACCUAGUAUGUCUUAGUUUAUAAUGUCUAUGAUCUAUCUGUAAAUCGAGUGCUCAAUCCAAACUUUUUUAAAUACUUUUAUACUAUGAUAUUCAAAGUUGUCCUUAGGUGAUAUUAGUAUGGUUACACUAUAAAUAAUCAUACUUAACAAUUAAAGUCAAGUCAUGAUGAUGUGUU